CCGGCCGGGCGAGCCCGCCCUCCCCGCACCGCGGCUUUCCUGGGCCACGUGUGCGCGGCGGCGGCAGCCCCGGGAGGAAAGAAGGGAGGGGGGCGGCGAGGGCAGCGCCGUCCUCCGCCGGGCCCCGCUCGGCGAGGCGCUCCCCCGCGCCCCGCGGCGCCGCUCUCCUUCCUCCCUCCCGCCUGAGGGGAAGGGGCCGGGCCGGGCCGGGCCGGACCCCGCGCCGCCCCCGCUACCUGCGGGCGGGGGCGGGCGCUGGGAAAGUUUGUCUCUGUGGUUGGCUGCGCCGCGCGGCGCGGCCGGUCGGGGCGGGCGGGCGGCUCCGUGCGCUCGCAGGGCAGCGAGCGGCCGGCCGAGGAGCGCUGCCGCCGCCGGUGCCCCCGCGCCAGCCCAGCCUGCGCGCCCGCCGUCCCGCUCGCUGAGGGAGAGGCGCCGCGCAGCCCUGCCAGCAUGGGGCACCGCGGGGAGAGCGCGUCCCGCCUGCCUCUCCUCCUCCUCGUCCUGCUGCUGCUCGCGUUCUGCAGAGGGCGCAUUGUGAGGGUGCCCAAAGGCCCCCUGAUUCGAGUGGUGGGCACAGAGGUGGCGAUCCCGUGCAGUGUCAGUGACUAUGACGGGCCCAGCGAGCAGAACUUUGACUGGGAGUUCUCCCGGGAGGCUGACUUCGUGCGGAUAGUGAGUACCUGGGAUUCUACCUUCACCUCUGAGGAGUACCAAAAACGCGUGGGCCGCGGGGAUAUCAAACUGAGACGGAGCAGCAACGAUGCUGUGGAACUUGUGAUUAGGAACAUCCAGCCUGCUGACCAAGGGAGAUACAAAUGUUCCACGCCCAGCACUGAUGCCACCGUUCAGGGAAAUUAUGAUGCAGAGGUCCAAGUGAAAGUGAUUUCCGAUGGCUUGUCCGUGAGCGGAUCCAAAGCUCGUUCCUCGACAUCCCUCCGGCUGUCGGAGGGCGACUCGUUCAAGCUGCGCUGCUCAGCUGCCACCACCUCACCGGAGCACACUCACCUGCACGUCACCUGGCAGGCCAAGAGCGGCUCCUCUUGGCGGGACAUCCUGUCUCUGACUCACGAGGGCAAGUUCCAGCCGGGCCCCGGCUACGAGGAGCGCUACCGCAGCGGGGACGUGCGCCUGGACACGGGAGCCAAUGACACGUACGGCUUGUCCGUGUCCCAGGCUUCCUCCGCGGACGGCGGCGCCUACAGGUGCCUGGUGAGCGAGUGGGUGAGAGGGGCGGACGGCUCGUGGCAGAGGAUCCAGGAGAAGAGCGUGGAGAUCGCCACUGUGUCGAUCCAGAGGACCGCUCUAGAUGUGGUCAUCUCAACCAGCAAUGUGUCCGUGACUGAAAGAGACUCCCUGGAUCUUACGUGCAACAUCACAACAGACAGAAGUGGUAUUUUCCAAGCAGAGGUGAUGUGGUAUUUUUCUGCAUCACCUGAUGACACCUUGUCAGAUGCUCAGCUCUUGCUGAGCAUGGACCACGAUUCUGUUGUCAGUGAUUCAACUCUCAUCAGCCUCAGCCACGUGGACAGGAACUCCUAUCGCCUCCUGGUGCGUGAUGUGGACGUGGAGGACUCCGGCUACUACUUCUGUGAAGCUGCUAUCUGGGUGCCUCUGCACAAUGGGAGCUGGCAUAAGGUGGUGGAGAGGACCUCUGCACCAGUCAGUGUGGUGGUGACAGCACUGGAACCAGACUAUGACGUGUUCCUGAACGCCUCUAAAACACCCAAGUUUUCAGAUGACCCCACAGAGCUCGACUGCAGGAUCACAAACGUACAGGACACGGAAGCAAACAUCCGCUUCAGCGUUUCCUGGUACUACAGGCAGCACCUGCCCGGUGACGAUGCAGUGGCAGAGGAGCUGCUGGCUUCCAUGGAUGCAGACUGGACUCUGCUCCCUGGGGACAGGGGCAGAGAGCGCAUUCAGAACGGGGAGAUGAUCUUCUCUAAAAAGUCUGCUGACACUUUCAGUUUGAGGAUCCAGUGGACUUCAGAGAGCGACAGAGGGGAUUAUUUCUGUGUCAUCUCGGCGUGGAGUAGGCACCGCAACAACAGCUGGGUGAAGAGCAAAGAUAUGACCUCCGCAUCAGUCAACAUCUUCUGGGCUACACAAGAUUACACACUUACAGUGGAGGCGGUGAAAUUGAAGCCAUUCUUUGUAGCAGGCCACACCUUCGAGAUGACGUGCAAAGUGUCCUCCAAAAACAUCAAGACGCCGCGCUACUCGGUGCUCAUCACGGCCGAGAAGCCCCUCGCGGAUCAGUCGAACCCCAACGGGACCACCCGCAUCAUCUCCCUGAGCCAGGACUCGGUGGUGCGGCUGGAGGACUGGACGGACCAGACGCGUGUGGACGGCGUGGUGCUGGAGAAGGUGCAGGAGAACGAGUUCCGCUACAGGAUGUACCAGACGCAGAUCUCCGACGCGGGGCUGUACCGCUGCGUGGUGACCGCCUGGUCCCCCGGUGGCGGCGGCAUGUGGCGGGAGGCAGUGAAUGGCUUAUCCAACCCCAUCCAGAUAGACUUCCAGACAUCAGGUCCUGUGUUCAAUGUCUCGGUGCACUCUGACAGCCCAACGAUUUACCAGGGUGAGGUGGCAGACUUGCUGUGCAUCGUCACACUGGAGGGAAUGCCACUUGAGCCAGAUGAUAUGUCCUUCGACGUCUCCUGGUUUGCCGUGCGCUCCUUCUCACUGGACAGAGAGCCCGUCCUGCUGGCCUCGCUGGACCGGAGAGGGAUCGUGACACAGAGCAGGAGGAACGGGAGCAGCGACCUCAGCCUGGAGAGGAUCAGCCCUCUGGAAUUCCGGCUGCGCGUGCACGGCUGCCAGGACCACGACUUUGGGAACCACUACUGCGUGGUGACGCCGUGGGUGCGAUCUGCCACGGGCGUGUGGCAGCGGGAGCCUGACAUCAGAGCCAAACCCAUCUUUCUGUCUGUGAAAAUGGAUGUUCUGAAUGCUUUCAAGUACCCCCUGUUGAUUGGCAUCGGUCUGGCCACUGCCAUUGGACUCCUCUCCUGCCUUAUUGGCUACUGCAGCUCCCGUUGGUGCUGCAAGAAGGAGGUGCAGGAAACGAGGCGAGAGCGUCGCCGGCUAAUGUCGAUGGAGAUGGACUGAACGCGGGGGCUGGACACGCUUGCAUUUCGGGAGAGACUCACAGGGCUCUUGGAUUGUGUUGAGACACUUGCUCACAGGCCCAGACAAGACAGUGCGUUUGCUCUCUGAUUUCAGCCUGGACCUCAAGCUUCUCCUUGUUACACGUUGUGUCCUGAGAGCAAUCAGGCCGUAUUUAGCAACUUGGGAGUUCUCCUUUUCCAGCAGCACUUUCUGCAUAGGGAUGAUGUCCUUCUAAUGUGCAAACUGUUGAGCCUUCUCUCAGCAGGGCCCUGUGAUAAAAUUCGUUAGUGUUUUGUUUGUUUGUUCAUUGGUUUUAUUUUCCCCCCCUCGUGGUUUUGGAAAGAUGUCCCUGUAUGAAAGCAAGGUGGGCAGGAUGAUGAAUGGGAAAGAGGCUGGUAAAAGUGUUAGACUUUCACUGUAUUUACCAAUCUACCUUUCCCCUCUAUCCCCAUCACAUCAUCCUGUUCCCUUUUUAUUUCCUCCUUGGUAUCUCAGAGACUUCUCUGUGUUGGGUUGAAGGCUGGGGAAGGUUCCUGUGCUGGAACCAUCAUGAGGCUGUUCCAGCAAAGAAUUGUUUAAUGGUUGUCAGCAUGCCUGCUCCUCCCUGGCUUUCCGAGAGAUUGCAGUUAAUCCUGACACGUAACUUGCCUGGUGGAGGUCUUUGAAGCACUUCUUAUAAACCUUUUAUUUUCAGUGCUCAAAGCUCUUAGCUCUGGUGAGUAGGGGCUAACUUGGCAACCCUGAAGAGUCAAUCCUUAGACAAGCAUUUGAUGGAUGUCUGCCUGUGGCCACCUUUUCCCCCACCCUCCCACCUUCUCUUCUCCCCACUACAGCUGCUCACAUCGUGCCUGAGACCCUGUUCUGCUUGUGGCAGGGGGGCACGUGGUAUCCAGGGACAGGGCUCAGCCUUCUGCUGGCCUCAGCAGGGAGGCUGGAGACCUUGCUCCCCGGGUGAUGGUGUGACUUACGACAAUAAGAGAUGGAUCUUCAUCUGCAGUUGGCCAAGUGAUCAUGUUUAGAGACUUGUAAACUCUGUCUUACCAAAUGCACAGACCAGACUUCAGUGCUGCUUCUGCCAGUUGCUCACUGGUAGUCCUCGAACCUGUGAGCAGAAUCCGAGAUCUGGAGUAGCUGCAGUGCAGCUCAGGGUAGGAAUAAGAGCAAGCCCAGGAGGGCAGCAAGAAUCCUUCAGGUUCCAAUGGCCCUGGUCUUGAGCAUGGGCCUGCAGCGGGGCUUUCCCCAUGGGCUUGAGACCUAUUCCUCGGUGCUAUAGUACAGAAGUCCUGCUUUGGUCUUCCAAAUACUCUGACCUGGCUCCUGAGAGGGAGCAGCAUCUUCGCCAGGCAGUUCUGUCUUCCCAGCACGGCCGGUGUUCUAAGCAAUAAAGGUCAGAAUAAAGAUACUGUGUACAAACAAAUGAGGAAGUUGGACUUCACCACAAUCUGAUGUCGCAGCCCUGGUUUGGCUUGCGUCAAGAAGGGUGAGAAAUGCAGAGGUGAGGCCAGGGCUCAAUCCUUACCAAGGUUUUUAAGAUAAAAGAUGGUAAAGAAGAGCAUCCAUGGAAGGUAGUGGCUGUGGUGUGCUGUUGCCUGAUUAGACAUUAGUUACGUCCUAGACAAUCUGCUUCUCUAAUAGCUCAUUCCACUGCAUAUUCCAGGGGAGCUGCAGGUCUGGUGUCUGGGCUAUGAAGGCUUUUUGUGGUAAGUUUUCUUAGUGUGGAUUUUUUUUUCUGUCUUGAAUUGUGGAUCUUUUUUCUGAGGCUGAUGUGAAGGGGUUUUCCAGAAGGCUGCUCUGUGUCCUGUGUGUGAACAUGCUUGCAGUCACAUCUGUAUGCAUGGAGGUGUCCAGGGAUUUUUGAAAGAUUAAUAAGAAAUGUCUUCAAAAUGGGCUUAAUUUGCAGGGAUGGGGCUUGCAAGUUGUUAUUUGACUCUUUAAGAUGUGUCAUGUAGUGUUCCAAAACUGGGACCCCCAGACCUGGGAAAUUCUGAAAGACUUUGGCCUGAAGGUACAUAGCGAGUUUUCUUUCUGGCAUGAUGUUUUUCUUUCUGGAAGAGCUCUGAAAAGACCUCUGUUGCAGGCAAAUUUAGCUGCCUUUCCUAAAAAACAGGGCAGAAGCAGUCUCUAGCUUCCACUGUGAAAGCCCAGAAAUCUGUAGCAGUGCUUUCCAAAGGAAGGGAGUUCAGGAAAGGAUUCACUCAGACCCUACUUUGACAUCAAGAAUUUUUCUUCCUCUCCUGUCUCUGCUGUAGUGAAAUCUUGCUUUUUCCUGGGAUGUUACAAAACACUAUUCUGAUGUUUGGGAUGCUGGCUGAUCUAGCAGCUUCUUUCCUGCAUUAACAUCUGCUUUCUUCUUGUGGCAUUGGGGCAUCUUGGGAGGGGUGGAAAUGGUGGUGAAGUUCUAAGCACAGCAUCAGUCACUUUUUGUCCUGGCAGACUGACUCCUUGUCUAUCUAUGCCCUUGGUUAAGUUUUAGGGAGAGAGGAUCAUGACCGUAAUGCAAUAAUUAGGGAGUGGAUGAGCAGGGAACCGCCAGCUCUUCCCAAACACACAAUAUAGCACACUUCCUCCCUGCUGGAAAAAAAACUCAGGGUUAUUUUGGUCAGGGCUCCCUUCUUCUCUAGUGAAAGCUCCCAUUCCUUUAUCUAAUGCUGACCUUCCUUCACGGCCCAUAACAAACCACCUUUGUCACUCCAAGUGAGGGAAGUUUGCCACUAGCUUGUACUGCUGACAGCCCCGUGGAAGGCAAUGCUGCAUCCCAUUCCACCCUGUAUUUGCUGUAGUUGGAUGGGCUAGACCUAGCCCCCAGGUUUCCUUCUACUUGUGCCAAUUUUGUAUUAUCCCCUUUUUUAAAAAUAGUGUGAAUCUUCUCUCUAAGGGAAAAAAAAUCGAGGUCACUUUUCAUGGUUUUUGUUGUUAUUAUUAUUAUUAUUAUUUCGUGUGUGACCAGGGUUUGUGUGAGUGGAGGUGUGUGUGCAUCUGGUUGUGUAGUAAACCUGCAGAGUAUCAGAAGCUGCCUGUGGUGCAGUACAAGCAUCCAUAUCCUCCCUGCUGCAACCUGUGGUAUUGUCAAAGUAUCCUAAGGGCUCACAUUGAUCUUCCUCUGUUUGCAUUGCCACAUCUCCUGGUUAAGCUGGUAAAUUCCUCCAGGCACUUGGAAUUUCGAUCCAGGGCAGCCUUGAACAUCAUACAGCAGAAGGGCAAGAUAUUUUCUUUCUUUUGUUUUAAUUUCAAAGUUACAAAAUAAAGUUUUGGGCACAAUUCUGGAAUGCAGGUACUGAAUAGUUCUAACAACGCUGUGUAAAAUGUUUCUUUUUAUGUUUAAAAUAAAGAGCGAGCCUUUUUGAUUA